ACAGCUGUUUAAGAAAUGUUUAUACCUUACAAGUAAAGAAAUUCAUGAAACAGCUGUUUAAGAAAUGGGUGAAUUUUUUAAAAAAUUCUUUGGUUACCCUUUGGAGAUACUUGUGGGGCAAAUGGUAUUGUGAUAAAAGAUGGCCUUUAUGGGUAAGAUCUAUAUGUGAAGAAAAAAUUUCUAUCCUUAAAAUCACAAUGUUUGUUAAAGGGUAUUGGAAGGUGGUAAAGCGAGAUUUUUUUUACAAGUUUUUCCAACCAUAUUUAGAUCUUAUUGUAUAUGCAUUGUUAACAAAAGUGAUUCCACAUCAACAAUGA